GCACAGGCGGUGGAUUGCAUUCGGAAUCCAACCAUGUCGUGCGCACCACAGAGCGCCGUGGUGUUCUCGCUGGGCCUGUUGACAGGAACGGGCACGACCUUGAUGUCCAAGGUUAUGUACGACAUUGACGCAGUUGGCUUGAAUGGCGAAACGCGAAAAUUUGAGAAGCCCAUCUUUCAAACGCUGCUCAUGUUUGCCGCAAUGAUUUUUGCCUUGCCCAUUCAGUGGGCAUAUCAUUGGCACCUAGAACGCAAAUGGCAUGCGAAUGGUGGCAAAUCCAGCGGAUUCAAACGCCCCGCGCGCAUCCCCAUUCGAACAUAUUUUAUCUUGGCGCUCCCUGCUGCUUUUGACCUGCUCGGAACGUACUUGGCCAACCUCGGGCUUCUGUAUGUGACCGUGAGCGUGUUCCAACUGAUGAAGUGCACUGUGAUCAUCUUUGUCGCGCUGCUGAAGGUUAUGGUACUCGGCGAGCAUUUGAAAGCGUACAUGUGGAUUGGCAUUGGCUUCAACACGGUGGCCGCCCUCAUGGUCGGUUUUUCCAGCUUUCAAGACACGGAGGAACAACUAAACAACAACGACAACCCGGGCAUUGGGAUUGUCAUGAUCGUGCUCAGUUGCUUUGUGCAAUCGGCACAGUACGUGUUUGAAGAAAAACUGAUGGGCGACGGCAUAGAUACGGCGCCGCCCUUGAUCGUUGUUGGGAUGGAAGGGUUUUGGGGCUUGCUCAUGACAUUGCUCCUUGUGUACCCUAUCGCGUACUUUGUGCCUGGGAGCGACCUUGGCUCGUACGAGCGCAUUGACGACGCAUGGUUCAUGCUUGCCAACAACCAAACAGCGCAGAUUGCCGCCGCGAUAUUCCUCGUCGUCAUCUUGGGCUACAACGUGUUUGCUGUGUUUGUGACGUUUUUGCUCAACUCGAUCUGGCAUGCCAUCUUGGACAACUUCCGCCCCAUCACGGUGUGGGCGACCGACUUAAGUUUGUUUUACAUCUUCACUCCCAAGACGUUUGGCGAAGCGUGGACCCCAUGGAGCUACUUGGAAUUGGCCGGCAUGUUCACGUUGUUGGUUGGGACCGCCAUCUACAACGGCACGCUUCCGCUGCCAGGGCACAAGUACGAAGAAGUGCAGGCCGACCCGGACACCCCCAUUCGAACGCCGCUCGCCAUGGCGAGUUCGUCGCUGUCGCGCAGCCCGCUCCUCACCCGAAAUGCCAUCAAGGCCGCGGAAGUCGCUGGGCGAACGCCCAAUCCCGCCGAUCGCGAACGCGUGCGCAAAGAGUACAUGACGGAAUACCAAGGACGAGACGAAAAGGAGUCUAACAGCGCUCGCCGACGCCUUGACCCGGCAGGGCACAACUAUGGAUCCAUGGAAACGUAAAUAGAAAUCGAACAUACUUUUGUCCCGUGAAAGUGUAUCGAAUCGAGGAGAAUUGACAAGAACUUGAUCUGCCCAACACGAUUCCACCUUUUACUCGCUA